AUGUCUUCUUUCACUACCUCAAUCACCAUUUCCACCUCCUCAUUCUGCCCCUUCCUCUCCAAAACAUCCCAACUUUCCAUACCCAAAAACCGAAACUGUAACUAUGUUAAUCCUCAUCUAAUUUCAUGCAAAGCAACAGCAAAUGACCAUGAUCAAAACCCUACUACUAGAAGAGAUAUUCUAAUUGUUCUUGGAGGCCUGUAUGUUGCAAUCACUCUUGGUGACCCCUUGGCAUUUGCUAAGCCAGUGUCAGCCCCCGACCUGACCAAAUGCGGCAAAGCAGACCUGCCGUCCAGUGCCAAACCCACAAAUUGUUGUCCUCCGCCCUCUACCAAAAUCUUAGACUUCAAGCUCCCUUCUUCUAACUCCCCAUUGCGCAUUAGACCCGCAGCUCAUGUAGUUGAUGAUGCUUACUUGGCCAAAUAUUCUAAAGCUAUUGAGCUCAUGAAAGCUCUUCCUGAUGAUGAUCCACGUAGCUUUAUGCAACAAGCAAAUGUUCAUUGUGCUUAUUGUGAUGGUGCUUAUCAUCAAGUAGGGCUUCCAGAUUUAGACCUUCAAGUUCACAAUUCCUGGCUUUUCUUUCCUUUCCACAGAUAUUUUCUUUACUUUCAUGAAAAAAUCUUGGGCAAACUGAUUGAUGAUCCAACUUUUGCUUUGCCUUUCUGGAAUUGGGAUUCACCUGCUGGAAUGCAAUUGCCAGCUAUUUAUGUUGACCCUAAAUCACCACUCUAUGACCAGUUUCGUAACAAAAAUCACCAGCCACCCACGCUGGUGGAUCUUGAUUAUAAUGGCAGCGAAAACCCAACGUCAAAGCAAGAACUACUGUCGAGCAAUCUUACUAUUAUGUAUAGACAAAUGGUGUCUAAUGGCAAGACGGCUAGGCUUUUUCAUGGAAGUGCUUACCGUGCCGGUGAUGAAGCUGAUCCUGGAGCAGGUUCCAUCGAGAAUAUCCCACAUGGUCCAGUCCACGUCUGGUGUGGGGAUAACACGCAGCCAAAUCUUGAAGACAUGGGCAAUUUCUACUCAGCUGCUAGAGAUCCAAUCUUUUUCGCUCAUCACUCGAAUGUUGAUCGGAUGUGGACGAUAUGGAAAACGUUGGGAGGCAAUAAGAGAACCGAGUUCACUGAUCCUGAUUGGCUUGAUGCAGAAUUUAUAUUCUAUGAUGAGAAUGCUAAUCCUGUUCGUGUUAAGGUUAGAGACUGUAUUGAUACUAAAAAACUAGGCUAUAUCUAUCAAGAUGUUGAUAUCCCUUAGCUCAAAUCUAGGCCAAAAUCACGAAGGUUAAUCAAGAAAGUAGCAAAUAAGGUCUUUCAUCAUGAUGGUCAGGCAGCGCACGCAGCUGAAACGCUAAAUUUGCCACCAAUAACAGCAUUCCCUUUAGUGUUGGAUAAAGUGAUAAGUACAGUGGCUAAAAGGCCAAAGAAAUCAAGAAGCAAGAAAGAGAAAGAAGAGGAAGAGGAGGUGUUAUUAAUAGAUGCGAUAGAAUUUGAAAGAAAUGCACUUGUGAAAUUUGAUGUUUAUGUUAAUGAUGAACACGAUUCAACUAGUGCUCGACCAGAUAAUUCUGAGUUUGCAGGAAGUUUUGUGAAUAUUCCUCAUAAGCAUAAACAUGGGAAGAAAAUGAAGACAUGUUUGAGACUAGGGCUUACUGAUUUGUUGGAGGAUAUGGGUGCUGAAGAUGAUGAUACUGUUGUAGUAACUUUGGUUCCUAGGUACGGUAAAGGCCUUGUUAAAAUUGGUGGCAUUAUGAUUGACUAUAUUCAAGAUUAA